AUGGGCUCAUCUAGUAACCAUCACCAUCCAGAGGAUCAUUCGCCGUCACCUCUCGCCGAAUCCACAGAUUCAGCUGAAACGAUGAGUGGUCCAACUAGAGCAGUGGGAGCUUCAUUCAGUAAACCUGACGGUGAAAAUUCAAGGAAUCUUACAAAAGCCGGUGAAUCUUCCUCGCUUCCCGUCUCCGCUGAACGGCCGGAAGUAUCAGGCGAUGCCGGGAAUGAGCUGAACGAGACGGCUGCCAGUCAAGCAGACGGCGAGGUUGCCGGUCAGUCAGGAAGUGAAGACGGAAGCCGUCGCCGAACUCCGUUUACGGAAAAUAGCCAGUUGGAGGCGGACUUGGCUCUCGCUCGUGCGAUUCAGGAGCAGGAGUGCGCUUUUAUGAUGCUUUACCACCAGCAAGCACUAGCAGCAGCGUCGGCGUCAGCCUCCGGUUCUCGCUCUGGUGCUAGAGGCAGCUCGUCGGUAGAUCAUCCCAUUGUGCUGCUGAGCGAGGGAGAGGAGCUCGAAGCAGACGAUCCCGAUGCUGACGAGGAGGAAUUCGCGGACGCGGACGACGACGAGUACGGCGAAUGGGAGGAAGCCAGCGAAGACGAUGGCGAAACGCGCGAAGACGGCGAAAUGGGCGAAACUGGCGAAAGAGGAGGCGAGGCUGCGAACGAGCCAGGCCGCGAGUCGAGUAGCACCAGAAGUACGUCACUGCAGCGACAGCUGUUUCAGAACGGUGGAAGCGAAGCGGAGGCUUCUGGGAACACGUCAGGUGUCCUCAGGGGGGAAGCAGCGCGGCAGGGAGCCGGGGAAGGAGAGGAAGGGAGUGCAGGAGGGGAGGCAGGGGAGGGAGGGGAGGGAGCGUACGAGGAUGACGAAGCGUUUGCUCGUGCGUUGCAGGAGGAGGAAGAGCGCGAGAUGGCGCGCAGGCUGUUCGCCAUGGCUGGGCUGCAACUGAGCGACGGACGAGGGUCCAGCUCAAGGAGGAGAGCGGAGAUGCUGGCAGCAGCGCAUGGCGUCGCCUGGCCAUUCGGCGAGGGAGAGGGCGAUGAGGAGUCGGAGGAGGAGGAUUCAGAGGAGGAGGAUGGGGAGGGCGAGGAUGCUCUGGAUGUGGACGAGAUGACGUACGAGGAGCUGACUGCGCUGGGAGAGGUGAUUGGAACAGAGAGCAAGGGGCUGGCACAAGCAACCAUUGACGCCCUGCCACGUGUCGCAUACAGCACCAGGACCCCCCUGAGGCGAGGCGAGGACAUGUGUGCCAUUUGCCAGCUGGAGUAUGAGGAAGGGGAGGAGUUGCUGUUGCUGCCGCCGUGCCACCAUUCGUAUCACGAGGCCUGUGUCUUGCAAUGGCUGGGCCGGAACAAGGUUUGUCCUGUCUGCAAGGAGGAGGUGCAACAGCCCUCAAAGCAAGAGGAGCCGGAUCACGCGGCGGUCAUGCAACAUGAUGACGUCAUCUGGGGCCUUGUCGGGAAGGGUCCCUGCAGUUACCGAGUCAAGCAGCAAACGGACACGUUUUGCAGACACCCGUUCAACCUGAACGCCAUCUGCAAACGUGGCGUGUGCCCAUUGGCCAACAGCCGCUAUGCUACAGUGCGAGAACAUGACGGCGAGUUGUUUCUUUACAUGAAGACCAUUGAGAGAGCACACAUGCCCAACAAGCUCUGGGAGCGGGUGAAGCUUCCGAAAAACUACACCAAGGCACUGGAAGCCGUAGACAAGUUUCUGCAAUGGUGGCCGCCCCGCAUGGUCUCGCUGGUGAAGCUCCGCUUGACUCGGUUGACUCAGUACCUCAUUCGCAUGCGACGACUGGCCGUCAAGAUACAGCCCAAGCUAGUAACGAUGCCGACAAAAAUGAGGAAGAGGGAUGAGAAGAGAGAAGCCAAGGCAGAAACGGCAGCAAAGAUUGAUAGAGCCAUUGAGAAGGAGCUGCUACAGCGGCUACAGAGCGGAACAGGGAGGGGGGCUGCUGCAGGCAAAGCCGGCAGGAGAAGACACAUUGAGCUGGAAUACGAGGAGGAGCGGGAGCAGGCACAUGCAUACAACUUCUGA